GGGCGGGUCGAACGGGUUCGAGGGAAGAAGGGUGAGGAACAGGAGUGGUGGUGGGGGUGUGUGGGUGGCGCGGGCUGGGGUUGAAGGGGACACGCUCAACUCUAGCAGAGGACACCAUGAGCGCCAGUCUUCCGAAGCGCAUUGUCAAGGAGACGCAGAAGCUUCUGUCUGCGCCGCCGCCGGGCAUCUCUGCGACGCCGCACGAGGACAACCUGCGGUACUUCCGGGUGAUGAUUGCGGGCCCGUCUGCAUCUGCGUACGAGGGCGGGAUCUUUGUACUGGAGCUCUUCCUGACGGACUCGUAUCCGAUGGCUGCGCCCAAGGUGCGGUUCCUGACCAAGAUCUACCACCCGAAUGUGGACAAGCUUGGGCGGAUCUGCCUGGACAUUCUCAAGGACCGGUGGUCGCCUGCGCUGCAGAUCCGGACGGUUCUGCUCUCGAUCCAGGCACUGCUGUCUGCGCCGAACCCGGACGACCCACUUGCCAACGAUGUGGCAGAGCAUUGGAAGUCGGACGAGGCCGACGCCAUCCGGACCGCCGGCGAGUGGACGCGGAUGUAUGCUAUGCCCGAGUAGGGACGGCGCUAAGGAGCGAGCGCAGAGUGCGGCCGCGCCGAGCCUGCUGUCGGUGAGCGUGGCGAGUGGCCAAGCUUGUUGGCAAGCGCGGGUGCGCGCCUCAACCCAGGCGCGGAGUCGAUAAAGAGUUGCUGUA